AUGGAUUUGACUAAUUGUUCAAGGGCAAAAGAAUUCAUACUUCUGGGAUUCCCUCAUGUGUGGGGAAUAAAUAUACUUUUAUUUGCCAUUGUCCUCCUACUCUAUGUGCUGUCAAUUGCAGGGAAUGGUCUCAUCAUUGUCCUGGUGAGAGUUGAUCACCGACUCCAGAAGCCAAUGUAUUUCUUCCUUAGCAACCUCUCUUUCCUUGAGAUGUGGUAUACCACUGCUGUUGUCCCCAAGAUGCUGGCCAACCUUGUCUCAGAGAAGACUACCAUCUGCUUCUACUGCUGCAUGGCACAGUCCUACUUCCACUUCCUCUUUGGCAUCACAGAGUUUUACAUCCUGACUGUCAUGUCCUUCGACAGGUAUGUCGCAAUCUGUCAGCCACUGAGAUAUUCCAGCAUCAUGACCUCCAGCGUCUGCCUUCAGCUUGCCCUGGCCACCUGGUUUGGGGGCUUUUUCACCAUCCUUUUGCAGACGAUAUUAGUGGUGAGGCUCCCCUACUGUGGCUCCAACGUUGUCAACCAUUUCUACUGUGACAUAGGACCGAUGUUGAAGAUUGCAGGGGGCGACACACAUCUGAUCGAAGCCAUUGGCUUCUUCAUUGCCGUGGCGGUGAUAUUGACCUCUCUGCUUUUGACCGUGGUGUCUUACAUCUUCAUCAUCUCCACCAUUCUCCGCAUCCCUUCUAGCAGUGGCCGGCGGAGGGCCUUCUCCACCUGUGCCUCUCAUCUGACUGUGGUCAGCAUCUUGUACGGGGCAGUGCUUUUCAUCUACUUAAGACCUAGUGCCAUGCACUCGUCUUUCAGCCUCAACAAAGCUGUCUCCAUGCUCAACACGGUGGUCACCCCAGUGCUCAACCCUUUCAUAUACACCAUCCGGAACAAUGAAGUCAAAGAAGCAUUGCAGAAAUUCAUACAAAAGAAAUCUCUUGAGUUUUCCUAA